AUGGGUGGUGCAGGAUGGCUUUUCCUCUUCGCGGUUCUCAUGGCUGCUGGUCUCUUGUUCACAAUGGUCUUCUUCAUCAUCAUGUUCUCCGAUCUUGAGUGCGACUACAUCAACCCGAUAGACCUCUGCAACAAGCUCAACCAAUUCGUCCUCCCCGAAAACGGCGCCCACGCUUUCCUCGCACUGCUCUUCCUCCUCAGCGGCCAAUGGACAGCAUUCCUACUCAAUGCCCCACUAUUGGCCUUCAAUGUCAACAAGAUCCGCGGCGCGAACCACAUGUACGACGCGACAGAGAUCUUCCGCUCCCUACCAGGGCACAAGAAAGAGAGCUUCAUCAAGCUCGGCUUCUACCUCCUCAGCUUCUUCUACUACCUCUACCGCAUGAUCCUCGCGCUCAUCCAGGAGAGCGAGUGA